AUGGUUUCAUCCUGGUCAGAGCAGGUAGAAUCGCUCGUGGAGCAGCAGUUCGAUUGGCCGCUGGCUGUGCAUCUAUGCCGGCCGCGGAGCGGUGGAGGCAUGGAACUGGAGCCUUCGGGGAGGGACAAGGCUUUCAUAGAUUCUCUCAUGGAGCAUGGGCUUCAGUCCGCAGCGGACAUCGCUCGGAGUGUCGGAACUCCUGUACCCUCGACUGCUCGCCGCGGGUCGAGCGAGGACAUGGCGAGGCGGAUCGCGGAGGGCCUUGACCAAACGAUGAACGGCGGGGAGAAUUGCGUGAACUUGGCGCUGGUGCACAAGUACCCUGUCAAUGCUGACGAGCCACCGCCGCUGGACCAGCGUGUAUUCAGUGUCAUCUCCGUCAAUGCCAACAAGGAUGGAUCCAACAGCAGCGACCACGGCCGCAGUACCGGGGGCUCCAGCGACACCAGCAGGCACAGCAACGUGGACGAACAACGGCAGCGACUGGGUUCUGGAGCCUCUGCAUAUGGCGCUAUGGGCUCGUCGGGUGCAGCCGGCAUCGACAUUGACGACCCCUGGGAGGGUGAUGGCAACGAUGCGGGUGUAGAGGCUGAGCCGGAGGAGCACGGCAUGUCUCCCGGGAGGUAUGAAGACCUGCCACGGGGACCAGGAUCAAGUGUGGCCUCACCCAGCGAGGACACCUUUGUGUACACGCGAGUGGGGUCCGAGCACCGUACGCUGUUGCGCGUGCAUGGACCCUCGGGGAAGCUGAGGCACGUGUCACCAUGGCCGCUGGAGGUGGGAACAGCCAGCACUGUCGCACAGAGUGAUAGUGAGGACGAGAGUGGCAUGGCCGAUGUUGUCGCGCCUGUUACCGCUGUGUCAAGGGCUAACGGCCACAAUGAAGAUGCAGUCCCGGCGGGUAGCCGGCCUAUCUUUUUGCAGAGUGCAUCGGUAGAGUGGUACACUCCACAGUGCAUCCUAGAUAAAGUCGCAGAGAUGUUUGGGCCGGGGGGAAUUGACCUGGACCCGUGCAGCUCGGAGGCGGCAAACACUAGAGUUAAGGCCGGGCGCUUUUUUGAUGUGGCUUUGGAUGGCCUCAGUGAGGCAUGUAGGUGGGAGGGGAAUGUUUUCGUCAACCCUCCUUUCGGUUCGAGGGGUGUGCUAAGCAUGCAGAACUUGUUCUUCGAACGGUGUGUGAAAGAGUAUCGACAAGGGGCUGUCAAACAGGCGGUGGUCCUGCUGAAGGCCGCUGUCGGGUACAAGUGGUUUAGGGCAGUGUUGGAAUGGCCAGUUUGCUUCCUGUGGGAGCGGCUUGCAUUUGUGCAGCCACAGCACACAUCCGUGGGAGAGGAGUCGGAGUUGAAAUGGGGCAGCCGUGUACAAAAUCCACACGGAAGUGUGGUAGUGUAUUUGGGUACCAAUGUGGACAAGUUUGUCCGGAUUUUUGGUGACAUAGGUUCGAUUGCUGGUGCCAACGCGUGGGCACACCAGAACUCGCGCCGCUGAAAUGCGGGUUUUAAUUCCGAGCGGGAAUCUGUACAUUACGCGCCACCAGUCGUUUGGGUUUACCCAAUAGAAGAGCGCACUUGUGUCGGUACAGCGGUGUGGUGUGUACGACACUCAUGGGCUAGUUUCAGAGCGUGCGUGUACAGGAGCAUGUACAGGAAGAUAGGUGUUUUGUUAUGAUUAUUUGCGGCAGCCUGUGGAAGCAGUCCCAUUGGACAUUUUAUGGGUGUGCAAGUUAGUGUUAUGUACAUAUGACGGGAUGUCAAGCGGACGGCAGGCUGUUGUUCUUCUUCUGCAUGGUUUCCGAGCAUGCAUACGCGAGCAUGCAUACGGUGGGACAGAGCGCUUGGUGCCAAGCAUGUUAAGCGAACGUUGCGAAAGCUGUGCGACGUGUAACAGUCGAGGAAAGG